AUGGCCGCGGACCCAGCUGCACAACGUGCAUAUCUUCAGGCUAAUGUGGAUGCAGACUUUGUGUUCCUUCUUGAGGAGCAUGGGGUCGAUCUGGCACUUCAGUUUGCUAUCGGUCAACAUUACAAGAGCAUUCGCACUUUUGCUGCUUUCGCCGAUGAUCGUGGUGCAGCACGUACUGCGAUUACAGCCGAUUUCGCUAUCAGGCCUGAGAGCGCUGCGGAUCGAGCUAGGAUGGCAUGCAUCAUCACUGCUUGGGAAGCUUCCAAGAUGAUUCGAGAGGAGGAAGCUAAGCUUCGUGCUGAGGCUAAGGUUUUGGGUGUUCAGAAGCCACUCGCCUCUUCGGAUCGCGCGGCCAUGCGGGUCGCCCUGGAAGCCGUUCGAGGCUACACCGUGCCGGAGUCCGAGGAGCCGGCGCCUGAGUACUUGGCACACAAGCUUGAACAGAUUGAGAAUGGCGAGCCCACUGCCAGCUAUCUUGAUGAAGUUAUCUCUCGAAAAGAGUCCAACUCGCUUCAACUUCAGACUUCCUUGGACAAUCAGGGCCGGCUUCGGGUCAUGCGACAGAAGCCAAAAGGUCGCCUUCCGCAGAAUACGGAGGAGCUGCGGGCGAAGCUUCGUCUCGAGGCCUCCACUUGGGUCAUGCUCUCAGCCAAGUGUCGCGGUCGUGCAUAUUUGCAGGGGCUGCAGCUGUCACACUUUGAUCGUUUCCUUGAGUUCCUGUUGGGUGACAAGUGUUACAGCAUGCAAGUGGCUUCCAAUGCUCCCGCAAGACGGCAAAGGGGAAAAGGCGGCAAGGACGGCAAGGGUGGCAAGGACGGCAAAGGGGGCAAGUCCACUGGCAAGAUUCAGGUCGGGGAGUCCUGGUAUGAGUUGGUGGCCAAGACUCCGGAUGGUCGUGAGCUUUGUUAUGCCUACAAUAUCAAGCGUGGAUGUCAGGUCAAGGGAUGCCAGCGCGUCCACGCGUGUCGCGUGAAGGGCUGCCAGGGCAACCAUCCGGCAUAUCAACACGGUCCGUCCCGCAAAUCGGAUGUUCGUGGCUCCCCGGAGGCGCUUUGCAAGGCACAGAGUAUCACUUUGGUAAUGUCAGAAAUUGACAUCUGCCGCGAUCCCAAGCUAGACCUUUUGGAUCCUGCCAUCGCCGAUCGAUGUUUGCAGGAGGUUAAGAACUCUGAGUGGGAUGUGGUCUUGGUGACCCCACCCUGUGGGACCUUUUCGCGGGCUCGGUGUGUACAGCCGGGUCCUCGGCCACUGAGAUCACGUCUUUAUCCUCGGGGCUUUCCUUGGCUAUCCGAUUCUCACCGAGCUCUUGUUGAACAUGGCAACCAGCUUGUUUCUUUUGCCUUUGACAUCUGCACAAAUGCGCUUUCGAAUUCAGUACCUUUCCUACUUGAGCAUCCUGAAGAUCUGGGGCUCACUUCCAACGGUCAUGCUCCGGCUUCCAUUUGGCAGCUACCGGAGGCCGUUGCUCUUUUCAAGCAUGAGAAUGUCAUCACUUUCGCAGUAUACCAAUGCCAAUAUGGGGCGUUUUCGCCCAAGCCCACACGUUUUCUGUCUUCUAUUCCGGUUACUUCUCGAAUGCCCUUCACUGGGCCGCCUCGGUUUGACGCUUCAGAUCGAUACCUCGGCCCUUUGCCGAAAUACUGUGGUCAUCGGCAUCAGCAAAAACUGCUCGGGCCUGCCGCUACUUCCGCGGCUGCAGCUUACCCGGACGAUUUGUGCAGAACCAUUGCUGAAUGGUGUUUCUCCGUCUUCGAUGGGGGGGGAACACUGGCUGCAUUGGCUCCUACACUGGUGCUGGGACCGGGUUUUCAGUUUCCAGCGAGGGAGGUGGAGGCUGGCUCGGGCGCUUCCCCUGCGGAGCGACUUGCUGCAGAAUGCUUGAGGAACGGGACAAUUUCGCACGGGCAACUUCUGCGCAUCUCUGAAUUGCUGCCGGAUGAAGACAGAGUUCGACAGACUUCUAGGGUGAUCGAAGGUCAGCGAUCGUUCACUGCAGGAGCCUUUGUUCACUCUGACAAGGACUGGGAAGGUUGUCGCUUGGUCCUGGCCGGGUACACCAUUGCGAACGAUGGGCAGCUCGCUGAAUCGGACCGGGAUGCUUUACUUGACUUGGGAUUCGACCUGCCAGGAAAGCGAAAGCGGGACCACUGCGAGACCACGACCGCAGGGGAUGCUGGCGACGAUGGGAAGGAGAUUGAGGACCUACCUUAUAGUGAGCUGAAAUCUGGCUGUGAGGGACCGCCCUUGGUGGGCGAGUUUGCAGGGGCGACUGACGAGUUUGUGGACGGCUUCGGUAGAUGCUCGCCGGGGCGUUGGAAACCUAUCUGCCGGGGGCGCCACAUGUCUCCUGCCGCCACUUCCUUUGCACAACAGCUUAAAGAUCGUGUUCGAAAGUUUGUUCUUGAAAACGUGCCUGAUCUGGCAAAAGCGACUUUUCGUCUGGCGACGGGGCAUUGGAAUGGUCCCUUGUUCGCUCCGGAGGCAAUGGACAAACUUCGCGAGGAUUGGUUCUGCAUGCUGCCGGAUCCUGCACGAGCAAGGGAGCUGAUUCCUCAUCAGCCAUUCUACUUGAGGGCAAUGGCACAGACCCUAAAAAUCUUGGAGGAUCCCGACUACCGCAUCAUCGAGGAGGGCAAGUUCUGCUUCGUGAAUGGUGUGGAGGUCGGACACACUGCGCCUUUGGGGCCGGUCCCUCAAGUCUUCAGAGCUCGUCGAAAGGAUCAGAAAUACGAUGAGUCCGACUGGCAACCGCUGAUGGAUAAUUAUCGGGACGGCCCUGAGGUUGCAAAAUCGCUUGAGGAAGCAUUUGCAAAAGAAGAGGCAGAAGGCCGUAUGUUCCCACUCUCUCUUUCAGAGGCCCGGGCCCGCUAUCCGGGGGCGGCACUUCGUAUUGCAGCGCAGGCAGUGAUUCCGAAACCUGACCAAGAUUUUCGUGUGGUCCAUGAUGGGACCCACGGGGUCCACGUUAACAAUGAGAUUGUUAUGCUGGACCGUCUUGAAUCGCCAGGGGCUAGGGAAGUGUCCGCGAUCCAAAAGCUGGGCAGCGUGUCUGAUGAGAAAGUCCUCUUCGGUCUCGUGGGGGACGUGAAAAAGGCGCACAGGCGCUACUUGCACCAUCCCGACCAUUGGGGGGUGCUCUCCUGCAGAACGAGGAGCGAUUCCUCUGUGGUCUGGGUCAAUCGCACUGGGACUUUCGGAAUUGCUUCAGCGGCUUAUUGGUUUGCGCGGAUCAUCGGUCUCGUGGGCAGGCUUUCCCUCAGAGUUCUCCUUCAGUCAUUCCUCUUCAUGCUCAUUUAUGCCGAUGAUCUACACGUGCUCAGCGGGGGACCCGAUCGCUGGCUCAAUCUCUGGAUGUCCCUUGCGCUACUAUGCCUUCAGGGGACCCCCUUCUCAGAACGAAAGUGGCGUGGGGGACUGCAACUUGAUUGGGUCGGUUAUUGGAUUGAUUAUGGACGCUUCAAGCUGGGAAUAUCUGAAAGGAGGUGCCAUUGGAUCAUCAGUGGCAUCGAAUCCAUGGAGGGAAACGGCUGGCUUGUGGAUGUCCGACGAUUUCAUGAGCUUCACGGGAGACUCGGUUUCAUGUCCCAGGUCUUAGUUUGGAUUAGGCCCUUCUUGGCUCCUGGUUACGCUUGGCUGGCUGCUGUGAGGAAGGGGGCUGUGCUCGCGCUUCCCAAUCUUAUCCGUUGUGUCUUGAGGUUUAUCGCUGACCGCUUGAGGCACGGUGCUCGUACUUACGAAUCGGGCCGUCUUGAGAAGGACUGUGGGGAGCUCUUCCGCACGGAUGCCGAUUGCAAUGAUUCUUCGGUUGUCUUGGGCGGAUGGUUUUUGCACAAAGGGCCGGAGCCAAAGAAGGCCCCAUGGUUUCAGAUCACUUUGAGCAGGGACGACGCUCCUUGGUUGUUCAAGAAGGAUUCGGGCAGUUCGUGGGCGAGCACUUCGGCUGAGGUUCUUGCUUCGCUUGCGGCGCUACACUUGUUGAGACGUGACUUCAAGGAUCUCUGGUCAGUUCCUGGGCACUUCCGUGCUUGCUUCUGUGGCGGGACUGAUAAUAAAUCUGCCGAGGCGCUGUCUUGCAAGCUGCUCACGACUCGAGUGCCUCUCAUGUUUGUGGUGAUGGAGUUCGUCACCUUUUGUGACGCUCUGGGUUUCAGAUGCAACCUCAGCUGGAGACCCAGGGACUCUAACCAGGAGGCGGACCGCAUCACCAAACAUGUUUUCGAGGACUUCGAUGAAAACUUGAGACUGCCUUUCAGCUGGUCAGAUAUGACCUUAUCAGUUCUGCCGUCUCUCUUGAGAUUCGCGAGCUUUCAGUCUGAACUUGAUUCCAUCAAGGCCUCGGUUGCGGAUGAUGGAACAACCUCAGCUCCUCGAAUAAGGUUCGAGAAAAGUCAGUGGGGAUGA